AUGUCUAACGAGUGGACCAAGAAGACCUUCACCCUUAACACCAUUCCCGCUGUCGGUCUCGGUACCUGGCAGUCCAAGCCCAACGAGGUUCGCGAGGCCGUCAAGGCUGCUCUCCUCGCUGGCUACCGUCACAUCGACACUGCCCUUGCCUACGGCAACGAGGCUGAGGUCGGUCUCGGUAUCAAGGACUCUGGCGUUCCCCGUGAGGAGAUCUGGAUCACCACCAAGCUUGACAACCCAUGGCACAAGCGCGUCGAAGAGGGUAUUACCUCUUCGCUCAAGGACCUCCAGACCGACUACGUCGACCUUUACUUGAUGCACUGGCCCAGCUCGACUGACCCCAGCGAUCUCAAGAAGCACUACCCCGACUGGAACUUCNNGAGAGAGCUCCAGAAGCUGCCUGCCUCUGGCCGCGUCAAGAACAUUGGUGUCUCAAACUUCGCCAUCAAGAACCUCGAGAUCCUCCUCAAGGAUGAGUCCUGCAAGACCGUCCCCGCUGUCAACCAGAUCGAGCUCCACCCCAACAACCCCUCCCCCAAGCUUGUUGACUACUGCAAGGAGAAGGGUAUCCACUGCACUGCUUACUCCUGCCUUGGCUCCACCAACUCUCCUCUUGCCCACGACGAGGUCUUGAAGAAGAUUGCCGAGAGCAAGGGCAAGUCCACUGCUCAGGUCCUAAUUGAGGGCAACUUCCAGCUUGACGGCUGGUCGCUGACCGACGAGGAGAUGAAGGAGCUCAGCAGCCGUCCCGACCGCUUCAAGGUCUGCGGCGAUGCCUGGCUGCCUGUCAAGGUCUUCUUCGGCGACGACGAGUAA